CUUAUGGCGAACUUUAUCGUCUGCCAAAACAAGGAGAGGUUCAACACCACAAAACAUAGAUUGAUGCUGACGUUUACUCAACGGACAACAGUGGCUGAAACAAUUGAUCCACUUUUUCCAAUGAAUAUCUUUGAGCUGCGACCAUAUCAUCAAUUGAUAAAUAAAGUUGAUGUCAACGAGAGUGAAUUAUUUGAUGUUAUCGGAGAAAUUGUCAAUUUUAGUGAGGUACAAACGCAAAAACAAGGUGAAAUUACUAGGAAGUAUAUGGAUAUCGAACUAGAAGAUGAUGAGAGGAACAAGUUAUCUGCUACAUUCUGGGGGGAAUUUGUUGAUCAAGUUAUACCUCACCUUUUAAGUUCUAACAACCAGCCUAUUAUUGUUGUUAUGCAGCUCAUAAAAGCGCAUAAAUUUCAAGGUAACAUGCAACUAUUAAAUUUCACUUAACUUUUUGAAAGUUAUUCAUCACAUGUUACAUAUAAUUA